AUGUUUUACCUUUCACGUUUUUUUUCUUCGUUAUUUUUUCUUUCGUUUUCAUUCUUUUUGCAUCUUUCCUUUACUCGUUCUUUUCUUUGCCUUAUUUCGUUUUAUCGUUAUUAUUAUUUUGAUUCUGUUGCUUUCUUUCUUUCAUUUCCUUUGUUAACUUCUUUCUUUUUUCUUUCUUCAGUUAUUCAUUUUGUUUUUUCGUUUGUCUUCUUUUGUUCUUCCCCUUUUAGUUUCUUGCUUUCUUUUUUCACUUUCUUUUCUAUUCUACAUUUCGUUUUGUUUUUCUUUUCUUUCUUUCACUUUAAUCAUUCCUUUCCUCUUAUUCUUUCCUUUGCUUUCUUCAUUUCCUUUCCUUUGCUUUCUUUCUUUCUUUUUCUUUCGUAUUUGUUUUCUCUCUGUGUUUGUGCCUCAGAUUUGUUUAUAUGCCUGCGUGACGGUACCGUAUUUUUCAUUUGUCAGUACUCAUAUUUUCUUUCUUACUUUCUUUCUUUCUUUCUUUCUUUCUUUUUUUUAUUUAUUUAUUUAUUUAUUUCAUCCUUUCUUUCUUUUUUAUCCCAUGAUCUUUUUUCCUUCCUUCCUUCCUUCCUUCAUUCAUUCUUUCCUUUCUUCCUUACUUCUUUCUGCCGUUGCUUCUUUCUUUCUUUUCGUAUUUAUUUGUUUAAAUAUUAUUUAUUUACAAAUUUAUUCCUAUAUUUUUUUCGUUUUUGUUUCUCUUCUGUCUUCCUCCUCCUUCUUAUAUACUUUUCUUUCUUUUCCUUCCUUCCUUCUUUUUUCCUUCCUUCCUUCCUUCUUUCCUUCCUUCUUUCCUUUCCUUCCCUCCUUCCUUCCUUUUCUCUUCCUUUUCUCUUCCUUUUCUUCCUUCCUUCCUCUUCCUUUUUCUUCUUCCUUCCUUCCUUCCUUUUCCUUCCUUCUUUCCUUUCCUUUUCUUCCUUUCUUUCUUCCUUCCUUCUUCUUUCUUCCUUUCUUCUUUCCUUUUCCUUCCUUCCUUCCUUCCUUCCUUCCUCUUUCUUUCCUUCUUUCCUUUCUUCUUUCUUUUUUCUUCUUUUUUUCUUCCUUGAGGUUUCCUUUUUUUUCUUUUCUUCUUUCUUCCUUCCUUUUUUCUCUUCCUUUUUUUCUUUCUUUCUUUUUCUUCCUUUCUUCCUUUUUUUCUUUCUUCCUUUCUUUAUUUUUUCAUUCUUUCUUCCUUCCUUUUUUUCUUUUUCCUUUCUUCCUUCUUUCUUUCAAUCGAAAAUUUCCUUCCUUCUUUUCUUUUCCUUCUUUUUUUCCUUUCUUCUUUUUCUUCUUCUUUCCUUCUUUCUUUCCUUCCUUCUUUUUUCUUUUUUUUUUUUUCCUUUCUUCCUUCCUUUUUUCUUCUUUUCCUUCUUUCCUUCUUUUUCCUUUUCUUCUUCCUUUUUUUUCCUUCGUUUUUUCAUUUUUUUUUCCUUCCUUCUUCCUUCCUUCCUUCUUUCUUUCUUCCUUUUUUUCUUUUUUUUCUUUUUUUCCUUCCUUUUUUUCUUCCUUCCUUCCUUUUCUUUUUUUCCUUCCUUCUUUUCUCUUCCUUCCUUUCUUUAUUUCCUUCAUUAUGAAACUUUUUUUAUGAGUUCGUUAACAAUAUAUCAGUUCAUUAUUAUCCUGGGGUUUCUCUUUAAAUUUUUCUUACAAAUAUUCUUAUUAUUUCAUUCAUUCAUUCUUUCCAUAUUACAUCAUAUUUAUUUGACGUUACUUUCUAUCGUUAUUCCUUUUUUCAUUCUUUUUUACUUCUUUAAUUUUCUUUUCUUCUUUAUUUCCUUCUAUUCUUUCUUUUUUCAUUCAUUCAUUCACUCAUUCUUUCUUUCUUUCUUUUAUUCUAAUCUUCCUUACAUUUUCUUUCCUUAA